AUGGCCGCUCCUCCUGUCACAGGGGCCAUAGCCCCUUCACGAUACUCUCUUUUCGAUAGAAUCAACCAUAUAUCGACUGAUAAUGAUCAACUGUUUGAUCUGAUCGAAGAGCUAGAGAAACACGCUGAAACGGCCGUUAGGUGGCGCUGGCAUGCCGCAACAACGCAAGUGAAGCAAGAUAGUAUAUUCAAGUUAUAUCAAGCAUUCCUCACUGGAGUUCGCAUUAUCACCGAAGAUCUUAAUGAACAAGCAAAGGAGAUUGCUAUAUUUCCAGCUAACAAAGAUAACUGCCUUAAACGAAUAAGACUUAACCAGCCAGAUACAUUAUCUUCAUUUGCAAAUUUGGUCGAGGCGUUCGACGAUCCACUAAGAUCAGUUACCGUGGUCUUAUCUGCUAUCAGAUCGGGCUCAUGUUUUGGUGCAAGAGACUCCAGUCUAAGCAUGGCAUCACUACAUCCCCUACCAACAACGAGCUAUUCAACAGUCUCACUGAAGCCAUGCGUUUUAGAGCCUCAAAGUUUAGGCUCACUGUUAGUGCAUCCAUGUCAUUCACCAAGGUUGGCUUGCCCGAAUUGCAUCAACUGA